AAAAUCCUUCAGGAGGAAGUAAUGGCUCCACACUCUCUGGAGGGGCCAUUGCCGGCAUUGUGAUUGGAGUUCUAGCUGGAGUUGCUCUCAUUGGGGCCUCAUCUAUUUCCUCUUCUUCAGAAAGACUGGAGGGUCAGACCUUCUCUGACAGCUCACCUAAAAUGACUGAGGAAGUACCCUAUGCCUCCGUGAACUUCAAUGCCCAGAAACCAGCUGCCAAGACUCAGUACCCAUCAUCCAUGGACACCGUUUAUUCUGAAAUCAAAAAGUAAUGAACUGGUCCUUUUUCUCUGCACUAUGGACAGAUGUAUUUAUUGUGAUCUUCCUUCAACUUCUCAAGUCCUGAGACUCCAACCUUGUAAAGCCCAGCUCUACCACAUUACCACCAAACUCAGGGAAGGAAGAGGAGAGCCCUCCCCUUCACCUCCUGGAGGCUGCCCAGGCGGACCCUUCCCUUUCAUUGUCAACAGAAGGCAGGGACAUAUUUGGUGCUUUUCUGAAACUCCCUUUCCCUUCCUCCUCAAAAGUUGGCACCAUGAAUCUAGGAGAGGGUGACUACCAAGACAUGUCACCCCUGGUACUCUCUAGUCACACAGGUGGGCCCAUUCUUCAGUCCUGGCACUAGUCCAUCGAGUUAGGAUAAUGUGAACUGGGGCUGUUGCCCGGCCCUGACCAGAAAUCAGCAGAGGAAGGAGCAGCUUUGGACUCAGGACUCAGGCUCUGCAGCUUACACCAUUCUCCUGCCUGGGAGACUUUCCUCCUUUCUGCCUCAGUUGCUUCCUCUGUAUAAUGAGGAAUUUGGAUUGAUAAUCUCUAAGGACUCUUACAGUUCUAGACUCUGUGACCCUGUGUCAGUAUCUAACAGAAUUUCUGGAAGAUAAAAGAAUGGACCACACCAUCAGCCCAGCCACAGGUUUCCAUUUCCUACCUAGACUUGGCUGUCCCUGGCCUUCCCUCCCUGCCCCCAAGCCGGAGUGGGGCGGGAGCUCUGAGACCAUGUUUAGCUGGCACUUUACUACCGAACUCAGGGAGGGGAAUGUUUCCAGUCCUUAUGCCUCUCCCAGUUUCCUGAGCACUACCAGAAAGCUAUUAGCCAGGCCCUAAGGGGAUUUCCUAAUGGAAAAGGCGAAAGUCCAGCCAGCUGAGCUUUCAAAGUUAUUACCAUCUCUGUUGGGGGAAGUUGUCCAGAGAGAUUACAAGGGACCAGAUUCUGGAAUGAGUCAGCAACCUCUUCCAGAAAAAAAUGCAGUGGGGGCUGGGCAGAGGAAUCCAGACUAGGCUCAGGCAGGAUUGUUGGGACAUGGCAAAUGUCUUGUCCUUUCUCUGGAUCUUUUCAGGCCCAGGGAGUUAGGAAGUGGGGCUGAGGGCACUCUGUUAUUUUCUUUUAACUGCUUUAUCUGACCUGCCUGCUUCCAAUCCACUCAAUGUACUUUCCCCUGCUCCCUGGGGUUUCCCAGGGAUUUCUUCAAGGUCUCUAGAAAGGGAUAAAGAGAGAGUAUCAUCUCUAAGGGCUCAUCAAUCAGUUCCACUGUGCCCACAACUUCUCCUCCCCCAACACCCAUGCACACCAUCCACUGCCUCUCACCCCUGCAUUCUCUCUCAGGAAACAAUGGCCUCUAACUAAAGGAUGUUGUGUGGGUGGGUUUAGGUCCCUGGAGGAUUGGGAGCUCCCCCAGGGGCUGUGUUUACACUACCACUCACAUGGGCAACACAAAUAGCACGCUGUUGCUGAGGUCUCUUGGGGAUGGUGAAGGAUGCAAGCCACUACUUGCCUUGCCCAAGCAUUGGGGAUCUUUCUCUGGGAGCUCCAUCUAUCACAAGUAAAUCUAUAACACACACACACACACACACACACACACACACCACUUAGAAUCACAGAAUAAUCAUAGAAUUGUGGGAGAUCCCUAAAGUCCAAUUCUAAGCAGAGAAUCAAACCAGAGAGAGUAGAGAAGGAUGAACUCAGCUUCCUAUCCAGCUUUCUACAGGGUUGCAUAGGAAAGUUUUCCAUCCAAUACUUAAUUUCACCCUAAAUCUGAAUGUACUCUCUUCAUAGAGAAAAUUCACAUAGUUGAAACACCUCUUCCCUGACUCACCGUGAUCCAAAAACUGUACUCCCUCUCUCCAGAUCCGACCUGUGGUAUUUAAUUUUACAUGCCCCAAGAAUGUUUCUCUCUGUGUAUCUUUCUCCCCCUCCCUUCUCCACCCUAUGUCUUUUUCUGCUGCUGUUGACUGUUUGUAAAAUUGAUUUGCUAUCUAUUUAUAAUAAAAAAAAAUUAUACCAUUCAAACAUGAA